AUGGGAAAAGUCAGAGAAAUUGUCAGGGUUGUAGGAAUUUUCCUUGUUCCUUUGCAAUUAGCAGCGGCAAUUUAUUUGGCUGCCACUAUAAAAAAUUCUUCAUGGCCGGAGCGCGGGCAAGAAAUGUCAAGUAUUACCGGCUUACCAAUAUGGUUUGUUGCUCCCUGUCCUCACCGGUCACCUGGGAGCGAAAGAACCACGUCGGAAUUUGCUUCAGCUAUUGUCACUGGUGUGGCAAGCUUUGCAUCUAUCUUUAUUAAAAUAAUGGGCAUAUUGAAUAUAAAAUCCAUCUUGCAAAAUUUAUUUGAUUUAAUACCAGGCAAAAAAGAGCAAAGUUUGCUAAGUUCUCGCUACCAACGCUAUCAUGUUAUUGAUGAUAAUUCUAAAGAAAAACGUCCCAGCUUGAAAAUCCCUGGUGUCCAUCAGACGUUAAUUCAUUUUAACACCAUCAUUACCGCUUACGUCUCCACCACAUUUAUAGCCCUGAUUGCAGGAUUGAUCUUUGGCGUAGGAAAAGUGUGGGGAUUUUUUGGAAUAUUUCAUAAUAUUAUGGAGGUUUUCAUCGUGGCCGCGUUAUGCAAUAGGUCAAAUAAGAGAUACAUUGUCAGCAUUUUGAUAAUAUUGGUGUAUUCGGUGGUUGUCACAGGAGCAUUAAGUCAGUUGCCAUGGUAUUGGGAUAUGAUGUUCUUCAAGUUUCAAGGCAAGUUCUUUUUUGUUUUACGUUUGAUCCUUGAUUUUAUUCUGCCGGUCCUCUUCUUCAUUGUGGCAUUUGAAAGUACAAGUGAAUUCACCCGUCUAGAGAACGUAGGAUACUUGGUCUUUGCCUCUUUGGUUCAUCUCAUUGGGAAUGUAGUUAGUGUAGUUGGCAAUGAUUCCGAAUCAUCGUAUGUAUUUUUUGUGAGAGUGCUUUAUUUAUUUCUUGCCUAA